AUGGCGGAGAAAACGUCGCCGAUGGCGACGGAUGAGACGCGCACGACGACGCGCGAGGCGGAGGGCGACGCGGUGGAGGUCGAGCGACGGGCGCGCGGGACGAGCGACUGGACGAAGGGGCGAGGGAGGAAGCGGAAGAGUGAUCUCGACGGGGACUCCGAUGCGGAUUACGACGCGGUGGACAUGGAUGAGGACUCUCAGGAGGAGGACUGGGACGACGAAGACUUUGAGGCGCGCGCGCGCGGGCGGAGCGCGAAAGUCGGCGCGGGGGCGAAGAUCGUCGACGGGAAGGUAGUCGCGACGGUGGGAGAUGGGAGCGUGGAGGGUGACGCUUCAAAGUUGGUGAAGGUGACCGCGGGAGGGGCGGUUCGGGCGGAUAGGAAAGGGAGCGAUCCGACCAUCGCUUUGCUCGCCGCGCUGAGAGAGUAUGUCGCAAAGUGUGGUGGUCACCUUUCGGAUGAUUGGACGUGUACGGCGACGAUGCGCACAAACGGAGCGAGUGCGGGGACGUAUGAUGCCUUGUACUGGUCGCCGGGGAAGCAGGAGCGAUACCGCUCGAGAUUGGAGGUGAUUCGCGCGCUCGGACUGGCUCCGCAAAAGGAGUUGAAAUCGGCGAAGACAAAGAAGACGGUGGAGCAUAUCGAGCCCAUCUCGCGCGAGGAGGCCGUGAAGAAAGCUCAAGAGAGCGACACGCCGACGACGCCGAUGGAUUUGGGUGAGAACACGAUCGUCGUGGACUUUGGUAGAAUUCUUAGCGAGGACGACUUUCACGAUGACGUGCACAUUUGGCCCGUCGGGUACACGACCACAUGGCAGAACGACUCCGGCGUGAUUUUCACCAGCAAAGUCACGAGCGCGUCUGAUGGCGCGCCUGAGUUCAUCGUAACCACGGAAAUCGACGGAAAUGUCGUCUCCGCGUGUUCUGCCUCACCGCUCGGCGCCUGGGUGGAGAUGUGCGAAGCUGUGGGUCCGACCGUGUCUGUUGGCAUCGUGGAUCACUUUGCGUUCGAAGACGUUCGCGUCGUUCGCGCUAUCGAAUCCUUGAACGGAUCUGAUAAGUGCGAAAAGUACCAAUAUGUUGAAGAGCGCAGCGGGUGGGACGACGAGCGUGUCCGUCGAGCCAAGGCUCGCGUUUACGAAUCCAGAGAGUUACUCGCAAAGAUCCGCUUGGUGGCAAAGAAAGCCAAGACGGAGAAGAGGGCCAUGAGCAAAGUAGAGAGAACCGUCGAAAGCAUGAUUGAGCGUCUCAUCUCUCGCGUCGACGCUGCGGUGACGCGAGAAAGGCAAAGAGAUGAACGUAUCUUGGCAAAGAAGGCUCUCGCAGCUGACGCGAAGAAACAUCGCGACUCUUUGAAAGAGGCGGCCAAAGCGGAAAGAGAGGCAGCGAAAGAAGCGGCGAAGAUGAAAAAGGAAGCGCAGCGGGAGACAGAAAAGAUCGCGAAAGAAGCAGCAAAGGCUAAAGCUGCGAUUGAACGUGAAGCGAAAAAAGAACUCAACAAGGCAAAACGGGCAAAGGAGGCUGAGGAGAAGAAGAUUCGUGACGCCGAGCGCGCUGCGCUUAGAGAAAAAGUCGACAAGAAGCAAAAGGAGUGGCUCACGGGCAUGCAAGAACGUGAGCCGGAUAGCACGGAUACGUCGUUCGCCCCACCUGUCAUGACGCCAAACUUGAAGAUUGAGCCAGACUUUACUGAAACAACAGAACUGGGUGACAUUUUGGAAAUUUGGAUGUUUCUUGAUCGCUUCAAGCGAGAACUCUUUGGCCCGGAAGCCGACGCGAAGUCGCCUCCAAGCGUUCAAUCGUUGGCGCGUGUUCUAUCGAAGCCGCAGGAGUGCGAAGAGCUCCUGGCCUGCUUGCAUUUGAGCUUGAUAGCGCCUUGUGUCGCGGAUGUCGCUGCGUCGACAGAUAAGUCAAGCGCCCAGGCUUUGCAGUUAGUUCCGGAUGGAAAAGCGCACCUUUCAGAGACGAAAGGGGUGUGGAAGGAGGUUUUGCGUCGGUUCUUACACGCAUCGUCGGUGAUAUACGAUAUGCCGUCGUAUGAACCGUUUUUGAAGGAUGCGCCGCCAAUUUUACCUGAAGCGGCGGAUGUCUUCACGAGGUACAUGUGUGCCGGAAAUUCUGGUGUAGACCCGCUCUCUUACGAGGAAGGACCCACCUGGACCGGUCAUCCUGUCGAGAAGUACAACGUUCGGAUCUCCCCCGCUCUGUGCGCGAUUGCCGAAGCUGAAGUUCUUGCAGCUGCGGAAGCCGAGAUGUUCACGUACGGAAGUGGUGGUGUGGCUGAUGACGCCUCGCGGGUGGUCGAUUCGAGACGACAAAAGGCGACCAACGCAAUCAGGGAGGCAAGACAUUCUCAGAAAGUCCAUGCCGUACGUUGUGCGUUGAGAAACAUUUCGUAUCAGCACGCUUUCAGUCAGGUCUGUCGUCGCGGUGACGCAGCGGCGGUCAAGGGCCAACAUCCUAGAGGUUUAGAUCUUCGCCUGUUCGACGCUCGCCUUGAGGCCGGCGUGUACUGCGCUGCCGCGCAUUCGACUGAAACUGAAACUGAAGAGCUCAUCAGAACGGACGCUUUGGAAACUGCGAAGAAUAUCGCCAAUCUGACGAAUGGAAACGGCGCAAAGGCACAAAAAGAUCUGAUGGCAGCAAUCGAAGGCGCGAUCAAGCAAACAAAGGCUCCUGAAGAGCAGCUUCCAGCGGCGCCGUGGCAAGAGGGUUGCAUCGUGUGUGGUCUGGACGUUAUGGCUGGCGUGGUUCUCUUGUGCGAUUCUUGCGACGCCGAGUAUCACACGAAGUGUCUUGAUCCGCCUCUGUCUGCAGAACCAGAGGGAGAAUGGUUCUGUCCGACAUGCGUUCGCAACAAGGAGAACGUCAAUCCGACGCCCAGUGUGUACGAGUUGAAGGCGUUCAAAGGCACGAAGCUCGAAAAGGCGGCCACUGGUGAAACCAUCGCAGUGAGAGACGCCGCGAUGGAGAACGAAGAUGAUGAGGAGAACUCGAUGUACACUGGCGGCUCUCGCGGAGCAAUGGGUCGACGCCUGCGCUCUCUGGCGCGCGCAUUGGAUUCAGUCGGCUUCGAGGGUCUUUCGGUUCAAUCUAGAGUGACGCUGAUGCGUACGUUAGUAGCUCUUGCACUGGACUCCGUGGCCCUACGUACGUCAAUUGAUAACGGCGUCAACAUGGCAAACGAAGUCAAAAAGGACAUUAGGCAGCACGUCAAGGCUUGGAGCGAGUAUCGUCUGGAUCGCGAAGACGGUAAAGGCGACGCGCGCGAUGCCGAAGAGGCUAAGGCGGCCGAGGAAGCGACGAAGGAAGUCGCUGAACCGAUGGAUGUUGACGGCGAAACCGAGCCAGGAGAAGAAAAGAAGUCUGAACAAGAGAAGAAGGAAAAGAAGAAACGAGUUCCGAAGGCGGAGGAAAAAAUUCCGACGGAUCAGGAAAUAGCCGUGGCUCGCGUGCGAUGGCAGAAGAAAUGGCACGAAGUGGAAGUUCCUGCGCUGAAUACCGCACCACGUCGCGACGUUUUGGGUUCUGAUCGCCACCGACAAAAGUACUGGGCGCUUGGUAAUUGGGGUGAAGUCAUCGUUCAAGCCGCUAAGGACAGUGAACACUACGAAGUUGAGCCAGAGUACGGUAUCUUGACUUUGGAAGACACGAAAGCUCUCAUCGGCAAGAUAAAUCCAAAGGGUAGACGAGAAGGUGAUCUCUGGCGAUCUUUGCAACGUCGAUACGGAGCAGAUCCGGACGCACUGAUGGAAAUAAGUCCAGUCCCUGAGCGACCGGAUGACAGCGCGUGGGGCAUGAGUGAAUCGGCUGGGGACGCUGAAGACGCUCUUUCACGCGUUCGCGCUGCGUUCUUGAACUUGGACAGUGAAAUCCCUGACGUUGCUUUCAACGAGGUUCUCGGAAGUCCGGAACGUAGGACAAUGUGGCGCAAUCUUGCUGCGUCGGCUCGCUCACUUUCCUCAUUAGCCGCUGCGAUCGUCGUGUUUGAACGUGCCAUUGAGGGUGACUGGUUGCAGUCUGGGUGGAUGUCAUGGAGUUGGGUGUCGCCACUCAUGCGCAGUGCGACUAGAUCCAACGAAAAGAGCGAUGGUCUCGGGCUUCGUCUUCACCUCAUCGCGCUUCGUCGCGCCUUCAAAUGGAACAAGGCAACUCGCGUGUCCGACCGGAUCGCACACAUCCCAGCUUCGACGGAACCCCUUGCCCCGAGAGCCGCGCGCGCGAAGAGAAUCGCAGUCGUGGAGAGUGAUUCUGACGAUGACGAUUACGAGGAAAUAUUUUCUGAUUCAGAAGAGGUUGUCGCGAAAACGACUUCAGAGAGUCGACGAUUCAGACUGUAA